AUGCGUACCAUUUACUUCAAGGUUUAUAUUUUAUUCGUUCUACUACUGAUUGAUAAAAAUUUGGCAGCAGAUUCAGAACAAGGGUUUACCUAUAAUGGCAUGAAAGACGCUUUUGUAACCCGUGAUGGUGCAGCCCGCAUUUCAGAAAAUGGCCUUCUGCGAUUAACUGAUCUCAGCGACAAGUAUGAGACGGGUCAUGUCUUUUAUUCCCGUCCGCUGAAACUCAAGGGUAAUGUAUCCUUCGCGACCACUUUUGUGUUUGCAAUUGCAUCUGAGCUUGGCGCCAAUAAAUUAAGCGGUCAAGGGAUGGCCUUCGUUAUUGCACCUCAAAGAGCACUGCCAGGAGCUUUACCAAACCAAUACCUCGGGUUAUUCAAUGAGACCAGCAAUGGACAGUCGUCAAACAAUGUUCUUGCGGUGGAGAUAGAUACUGUCUAUAAUAUAGAGUUCGACACCGUCGAGGGUCCGCAUGUUGGAAUUGAUGUUAACAGUUUAAAGUCUGUCAGUUCUACUGCCCCUGCAUACUACGUUAACGGGGAAACCAAGCAGAUAAAUGUUAACAGCGGGGAACCAGUUCAAGUGUGGGUAGAGUAUGACGGGAUAGACAAGAAACUUACUGUAACAUUAGCUCCAGUUAACACGUUCAAGCCAGAUACUCCACUCUUAUCGUUGUCCAAAGAUCUCUCAACCAUCUUCGCAGAGGACAUGUACGUCGGAUUUGCAGCCUCUACCCAGACUGUACCGACAUAUCAUUACGUCUUAGGGUGGAGUUUCCAGAUUAAUGGUGUAGCUAACGCGCUAAAUCUUACAAGCCUUCCUACGGUUCCUCCUCAGUCUUCUGGUUCUCAACAUACGAAGCCUAAUUUGCUGUUAAUAUUGCUUGCAACACUUGGCUACAUUUUUGCUUUGGUAUUGCUGAUGUUUUAA